UGUUAUUUUUUUAAUUUUGAAAUCUGAUUUCAACAAAAUUAAUCAAAGUCGAUUUCCCUUGAAAAUUACCUUUCUAGUAACAGGGAAAUUUUCGUUUUAAAUUUUUAAUUUCAUUUAUAAGUUCUUAAGCAAUGACACUAUCACCUGAUUAUAUUUUCAGUCAAAAUUUGUAUCCUGUAACAUCAGUUUGUUUCUUCUCUGUUUUCAGUGUCGAUUAUUUUGUUACAGGUGACGAGAAAGGUGUCAUUAAAUUUUGGAAUCUCACCGAAUACAGGAGACUGUUGACAUUUGAAGCUCACAAUUCCAAGAUUAUUACCAUUCAAAAGGAUGAAGGUGCUGCAAAACUUAUUACUCAAGUUCGAGGUGAAAUAAAAAUUUGGAAUUUUGUCGAAUGUCCUCUUAAUUUACUAUUGUGUCAAGUUUAUAAAUCAUCAUUGACAAGUUUGUGUACCUGCUCCUAUUUGAGUCUAGAAGAUGGAAAUUAUCUACUUGCCUCUUGCUCAGCCUCUGACUCUAAAUAUAUUGAUAUUUUCCAUCAAAAAUCUGAAUUUGAGAAAAUCGUGGAACCCAAAUUAUCGGAUGAAACUGGAAUGCUUAUGGCUCUGAAAUUUAUUUGUAACGCUGAUGAAAAUCGGAUUUUGCUUUUAACUGGACAUGAAUCAGGAGUUUUGAAGUGCUUCCAGAUUACAUAUGAUAACGAGAAUGGAGUGGAAGAAACCAAAGAAAUGGAUUCGCUAACCUUAUUUGAUGAUAUGAUAACAUCACUGGAUUUUGAUGAUAAUACUCGUAGAGGUAUUUGUGGAUCAGUUUAUACAAAAUUGACUAUUUUUGGCUUGAAAGAGACUAAUAUUGGUGAUUGCUUUUAUAAAUUGCUAGCCCUUAAAUCGGUUGAAAUGAAGAACCCAGGAAUCUCAUCAAUCAAAAUAAGACCUGAUUCUCGUGUUGUUGCAAUUUCUUGCUGGAACUCAAGAGUUUAUUUAUUUUCAUGGAAAUCUAUGAAACUUCUAGCAGUCAUAGAUAAGCAUAAACAGUCAAUAAAUGCUAUAGCAUUUUCAUCGCAACUUUUAAACGAU